AUGACGAUUAGAAAGUAUCACUAUGCCUUGGUUUGCCUCCUCAUCUCCGGGAUGGUUAACCAUAUGCCCGUUCAAUACAGAAGACACCUCAUGCGUGACGUAACGGCGAGGAGAAAACAUCGAACUGUUCGUGACGACUGUGGAGAGGGAAGAGUCAGUCUAUUUUGCUUCCACGAGGAACCACAUCUCUUGGACGAAAUACUAACCAAACGAGGAGGGGAAAAAAUGAUAAUAAAAUUUAAGCAAAAGGAAAACGCACCACACUCUGCGCUCAUUCAAGAGAACAUCGUGAACCUCCUGGGGUCCUGUGGCAGAGUGAAGAAGCUGAGCCACAUAGACCUUUACCUGUAUGAGACUUUUUCAAAUAUCAGCCAGAGAGCGAUGAAGAAUUGCCUGCAACUGUUGAGCAGUGGGGGCAUGCUGGUGGAGCAGGACUUCCAGAUACAUCCCGCCGAGGGGGGGGGAUGCAUGAGCCGCAUGGUAGACGGGGGUGAUAUCAUAGACAGGGGUGGCUUCAUUGCAAUAGGCGCGAUUGGCGGCGAGGCCCCUGUUAGCAGCGGAGGCAACCUACGGAGCCACCCCGGCAGCGACGGCACCUUUCAUCUGAACAAUCAGAUAGCGUUUAAAAAAUUCGUGAAGAGACUUCAAACCGACAAGAAGGGGACGAACAUCAUUCAUGGGUAUGACCAGACGAAGAUGAAAGAGGGCACGGAGCUGUCGGAGCCUUACGAACAGAAUGACGUAGAUGUCUGCAUCGUGGAUACGGGGGUUGACUACGACCAUCGGGAUUUGCGGGGCAACAUUUCGCUUGUGCUGCAUGGGGGGGAUGUGAGGGAAGGCCAUAACGGCAGCGGUGGGGAUGGCAGGGAUCCUGAUGAGAGCAUCGGGGACGACGGUCAUUGCCGUCACCACCCGCGCGGCAUGGACAAUCACGGGCACGGGACGUUCAUAGCGGGGAUCAUCGCAGGCAACUCGCAGAGAAACAGUCAAGGAAUCAAAGGAAUUUGUAGGCGGGCUAAGCUGACCAUAUGCAAGGCGCUAAACAGUGAAAACGCGGGGUUCAUCAGCGACAUUUUAAAGUGCUUUAACUUUUGUGCGUCGAAAAAGGCAAAGAUUAUUAACGCCAGCUUUGCCAGUACAAAGAAUUACUUAUCCUUAUUUGAAGCCCUGAAGACGUUAGAGGAGAAAAACAUCCUCGUCGUUUCAUCAUCCGGCAACUGCUGCCCCACACCAGAAUCGAAGAACACAUUUCCAGAGUGCAAUUUAGACGUGAAGAAGGUAUACCCUACGGCUUACUCUACGCAGCUACGUAACCUCAUCACCGUUUCGAAUAUGAUUCAGCGAGGAAAUGGAGAAGUCAGUUUGUCUCCAGAUUCUUGCUACAGUGCCAAUUAUGUCCAUUUGGCUGCCCCGGGUGAUGACAUAAUAUCUACCUUCCCACAGAACAAGUAUGCUAUCAGCAGCGGUUCGUCCUUCUCAGCUGCUGUGGUUACUGGUUUGGCUGCACUGGUGUUGUCCAUCAACGCUGACUUAAACUACGAGGAGGUGAUUGUCCUGCUGCGGGGCUCCAUUGUGCAAGUCGAAUCUCUAGGAAGUAGGGUCAAGUGGGGGGGCUUUCUGGACGUGCGUCACCUCGUCAGCGCGACCAUCGCGCUUUCGCGCGGGAUGGCGGAAGAAGCCAGGGACUGA